GUACCCACACGACCCUUUCCUCAUGAUCUUCUUUUGCAUUCAAAACGUUGAUGAUUAAUGACAUCCAUUGAAAAUCAAGGCUUAAAUUUAUCACUUUCCCUCUGAAAAUGGAACGAAGUUCAAUUCCACAAGGACUCACUCCCGAUGAAUACUCUGAGCUUCAACUCUUAAUCAAUGCAUACCACAUGUUCGACAAAAUACCAAACACAUGCACCUCCCUCAUCACCCAGCGCAUCGACGCUCCUAGCGACGUAGUUUGGCCGCUGGUGCGCCGUUUUGACAACCCACAGAGAUACAAACAUUUCAUCAAGAGCUGCAACAUGUUUGGCGAUGGUGGUGUUGGCAGCAUGCGCGAGGUGACUGUCAUCUCCGGCCUUCCUGCCUCCACCAGCACCGAGAGACUUGAGAUUCUGGAUGACGAGAAGCAUAUUUUGAGUUUCAGAGUAGUAGGUGGUGAGCAUCGAUUGAAUAACUAUCUUUCUGUUACUUCUGUUAAUGAAUUCAAGAAAGACGAAAAGGUUUACACCAUUGUUUUGGAAUCAUACAUCGUCGAUAUACCUGCGGGGAACACAGUCGAGGAUACAAAAAUGUUCACAGAUACUGUUGUCAAAUUAAAUCUCCAGAAGUUGGGUCUUGUCGCGAUUUCAUCUCUGCAUGGAAAUGAAUGAUUAUGUUUGGUAUAGCCGGUGACGAUGGGGGCAGUGCAUGUGUGAUUAUUAUGAAACACGGCAAAUAAAAAAUAAAAUAUAUGAACAUUUUUAUGGGGGAUUGCAUCUUCAGUUACUUGUGUUUUUUUCUUUUUUUCGUUGAGGGCAUGUAAUUUCAAAUAAAUGUGGGGCUAGCAUUUUGUACUUGUUUAGUUACUUGUAUCGAGUUGAUGAAUGUAUGGACAAAAUUGCAAGAAUUGUUACUUGUUA